AUGAGAAAUAUCAUUGAUAUAGGCUUUGAUAUGGACUACACUCUUGCUCAAUACAAGUCUGAAACUUUUGAGUCCCUUGCUUAUGAAGGAACUGUCAAGAAAUUGGUCUAUGAUUUGGGGUAUCCAAGUGAGCUGUUAGAGUGGACGUUUGAUUGGAAUUACAUGGUUAGAGGCUUGGUGCUAGACAAAAAGAAGGGAAACAUCUUAAAGAUGGAUCGCCACAAGUAUGUGAAAGUAGCUUACCAUGGGUUUAAUGAGCUCUCUAAAGAAGAUAAAGUUGAUAUCUAUGAAAGCAGCCUAAUACAAGGUUCUUUUGAUGAGCCCGACUAUGCUCUCAUAGAUACCCUCUUUUCUUUGGCCGAAGCCAAUCUGUUUGCGCAACUUGUUGAUUUUAAAGAUAAUAACCCAGAAAAGAUUCUCAAUGAAUUGAGAUGGAGAACUAUGCUUGUUGUUCCAGAACUAGAAAAGGAGGUUGAACUUCUAUGGGAACUGAGGGAUAUGCGAAAGCAACUUAUUUUGAUGAGGAAUGAGCAUGAUUCAGUUGGAGACAAAAUCCAUCACUUGAACUGGUCUCUAAAGUUUGAAGAUAUUAACGAGAAUGAUAAGAAGGAAAUGUUAUCAGCGCUCAAAGACUUGGAGUUUCACAAGGUCUGGGGGCAACUUAUGAAAACUGGUUACCAGAGUUCUAGAUUUGUUCACCAGGUUGAAAGAUUUGCAUGUCUGUACACAAGCCAAGUUUCUAAUCUACGCUUGUACUCACCAGACAAGUACUACAGACCCAGCGAAGACUUCAUGUCCCAUGAGUUUGAUCUUCUUCGUAUGGAUUGA